GUUUACCUCAGACCAAAGAUUAGAAAGCGUGUUUGAGGGUAGCGCACAGAGAGCUCUAGCCCCUGAGGCAAGAAGAACAGGGGGGAAGGUGUAUUUAUUUAUUUAAGUUUAUUUUUUUGACUCACACAGCUCUUGAUUUUGAUCAACAUUUUUUUCUGUCAUGUGGAUUACUUCAAGCUGACUCGCCAGGAUUAAGAAAACGGAUAUUGUGUUUUUAUUGAAAGCUAUGGUGGCUUACGAUGAACUGGGUAGCUUGGUGCCUAUCAAACGGACUCUGCAAGUGAUAGACUACCAGAACCAAGCCAACAAAGAGUCAGAGGAACCCAGCACAAAGCGUGUCCGUCCUCUCGGCAGGGUGACGUCGCUAGCCAACCUCAUCUCUCCGGUGAAGAAUGGGGCCGUCCGGCGCUUCGGCCAAACCAUCCAGGCCUCUUUCAGGGGCGAUGGAAAGUCGCCGGGCAUGCCCCAGAAGCCUUGCAGCAAGGCGGCGGCCCCAACACCACCCAAAAGGAGGAACAGCACGCUGUGGUCAGAGACGCUAGACAUCCACCAGAAGGGAACUUUCUCCACCAAAGAGAUCAAGCGGCAGGAGGCCAUAUUUGAGCUGUCUCGUGGAGAACAGGACCUGAUCGAGGACCUCCAGCUCGCACGCAAGGCGUACCAUGACCCAAUGCUGAAGCUCUCCAUUAUGUCUGAGGAGGAGCUCACUCACAUCUUCGGCAACCUGGAUGCCUACAUCCCUCUGCACGAGGAUCUCCUGGCACAGCUUUCCAAAGCCACAGGGCCGGAUGGGACCGUGGGCGAGAUCGGGCAGAUUGUCGUGAGCUGGCUGCCCAGGCUUAACGCCUACAAGGACUACUGCAGCAAACAGCUGGCAGCCAAGGCGCUGCUGGACCAGAAGAAGCAGGACCGCAGGGUACAGGACUUCCUGCAGCGCUGCCUUGAGUCACCCUUUAGCAGGAAGCUGGACCUGUGGAGCUUCCUGGACAUUCCACGCUCCCGCCUGGUCAAGUACCCACUGCUGCUUAAAGAGAUACUGAGACACACUCCACUAGAGCACCCAGACGCCGCUAGCCUGGAAGAAGCGAUCACCAUCAUGCAGGGUGUGCUGUCAGACAUCAAUAUGAAGAAGGGAGAGUCUGAGUGCCAGUACUACAUCGACAAGCUGGAGUAUCUGGAUGACAGGCAGAGGGACCCUCUUAUCGAGCAAUGCAAGAGCCUACUGUGUCACGGGGAGCUGCGGAACAAGAGCGGCACGAAGUUGCAUGUGUUCCUGUUCACUGAGCUGCUGGUUCUGACCCGCCCUGUCACCAGGAACGAGCGCCAGUGUUUCCAGGUUUACCGGCAGCCAAUCCCAGUGCACGAUCUUGUGUUGGAGGACCUGCAGGACGGAGACGUCAGAAUGGGCGGCUCCUUCAGAGGCGCCUUCAGCAAUGCAGAUAAAGCCAAGAACAUUUUCCGCGUGCGUCCCCAAGACCCAAGCCAGGCGCAGUCCCACACGCUGCAGGUCAACGAUGUUUUCCAUAAACAGCAGUGGCUCAACUGCCUCCGCAGCGCCAUUUCCGUCCACCGGCCCCUCAGCGAGCCCUCCACGCCCUCCCCGCCUGUGAGCGACUCCCGCUUCAAGCGCCGCCCCUCCUCUGUCUCUGCCAUUGUCCACAUGGAGGAAGCAGACGAGAACUGCCCACAGCCGGCUUCUCAGUCUGCCCCCAGCUCACCGAGCAACAGCACAACCCCCAGCCCCACCACGACGUCCCCUUCAUCUCGCUCCUCCUCAUCGUCUUUGUCGACGACAUCUUCGACGUCGCCGCUCUCCUCACCCACAUUGCUCAAAACCAAAAAGGACAAGAAAUCUUUGUGUUCUUUAGGGAAGAGAAAAGAGACUAUGGUGUGAGCUGAGGUGAAAGGAGAAAAUGGACUCCUGGGUGGACAUUUUGUUUUUUGUACAUAAAUGUUAAGAAAACAACACGGAGAAGCGUGGGACUCGUAUUUAUGUGUGUCUGCGUGUGCGCGUAUUAUUACAACAGUGUUCUGUGUUACUGUCCUCUUCGGCAGCUAUUUACCUUACCCCUCCAUCCAAGUGCAUCCCACAGAGACACAGUAUUCUGGAGAGACGUGCACGGCUUCCACAGGCUCUUAAAAGGGAAGCAUAAUGAGAAGCAAACCCAUUUUUCACACAUGAAUCUGUGUGUCCUGAGUUUGUUGAUUUCUUGAAGAUAGAGGUGGUGCAUUCAAUCCUGUUUACCAUUAAUUUGAUAUUUAAGCAUUAUUUUAGACCUUUUUUGGGGGGCUAAUGAAAGUUUUACAUUUUUAUAUUUUAAAAUUUAUUGUAGUAUUUUUUUAGGUAUCAUAAAGGAGCACUGUUUUAGUUUUUAGUUGAAGUAAUUUGAAAUUUUCAGUAUGUUUAGCAGGCAAGAAAGGAGGAGAAUCCCCCUGAAAAAAGAUAAAAUGUACGACACAAAGCUACAAAUGUCUCUGUACAAGUCUGAUUUUUACAUUAAUCAGAAAAUGCGUCUUAUUUUUAUACAUUCCUUUAAUGACAGAUGUUAGGACAUGGAAUCUUUUUUAUUUUUCUGCAUGUAGUGCAGUUGGAGGCAUUAAUUUAAAAAUCCAGUGACAGAUGAGACUUCAGUCUUUCUGUUUGAACAAACAUCACUAUGAAGUAUAGUGGUAGCAAAUCAUCUGAUGUCAAAAUCAUGUCAGACAAGAGAUGAGAAGUUUUGUUUUAAAACAAAAGUUUGAACUGAGCCAUGUUGGUUUUAAAAAAAAAGCUGACCUUUCAGAAUGAUACAGACCACUUUUCAGCGUAGCAUCUUGCAUGGAACUUUAGUUGUGGACACUGCGUGCACCAGUACAGGCAGCAGGAUGUAUUUACGUGUCCUGAGGGACAGGACAGUUAAACAUGUCAAAGACUGGUUGAUGGACAUAAGAGAAUGUUGUUGAAUGCUGAAGGGAAAAGAGAAAAGAUAGACAAAGCUGUGUUUUGGAACUGAAAUAGACUGUCAAUGCAAGAGGUUAAACUCCAUUAACUUCCUGUGUAAGUUGAUGUGAUAUCUUGCUUACAGAUUGAUGAUAGGUGGUAAAAAUCAAGUGAGUGUUAAUGGUGGAAAAAAGUACGUAGGGGAAGAGAAGUAAACAAGAAGGUUUUUUGUAUGUGUGCAUUAAAUGUUGUUGCUGAGAUGGAAAAAAGAAAAGAGAAAAGGGCAACUUGCCUGCUACGAACUGUAUGUAACAAAAGAACAAUAAAGAUCUGUGUAAGAUUUGCAACUGAA